AUGGAUUUCAAUGAAACUCAACACCAAGAUAGCCAGAUGAGUUAUUGUUCUAAUGCCGUUGGAAGAAGGGUAUUGGCUUCGCUCGGCCUUCUCCAGGACCGAUCCGGCCGCACGACCGCACCGUCCGACCCGGGAGGCAAUGGACCACGAUCGACCGAGAUCAUCACAUCACGGCCGACCAGACCGUGCGACCCGGGAAGCAAAGAGAUUUCUUUGCUAAACUUCUUCUAUCAAGGAGUUGAUGAGAAAUUCAAGAUGGCACUCAACAUCGCAAGUCAAGGGGACUUCAUGACUAAUACAGUUGCUCAAGCCAAUACUCUCAUUGAUAACUUGGCUGCAAGCAACAAAUAUUCUUGCUUGGAUUAUGAGAAAAACGUGGAGGACAUCAAGCCAAGUUCAGACUUUUCAGAAAUCCUUGAGCUGAAAUCAAUGGUUGCUCAAUUUCUCAAGAACCAGCAAAGGGAUGCAUACCAAUGUGAGAACAUGGGAGCUUCUCAUGGUAAGGAUAAAGAGGAGUGUAAUGGUGAUAACACUCACAAGCAGCAAGGAGAAGUCAACUACAUUGAUGCUAGAGAGGAAAGACUCGAAGCUAUGAUGCAACAGCUAAUGGAAAAUCAACAACAUAUGAUGGAAAGACAAGAGCAAAACGCCCAAGAGAUUGAAAACCUUGAGUUCAAAAUGGCGAACGACUAUGGUCAUCUCAACAGAAAAGAUGAUGAGAUAUUUGCAAAGCUCUUUGAUCUAACCAAUCAUGUGAAGAUGCUUGAGGUACAAGUUGCUCAAACUGCAGAAGGUAUGAAGAGGCAAGAGGGUUUUCUUCCAAGUAAGACUGAGUUAAAUCCAAGAGUUUGCAAAGUUAUCACAACUCAGAACAAGGACGUGGUCUCACCAGCCCCUAGAGAUCAUUCAACCCUCAAAAACCCAUUGGAAUGGCCUGAAGAUGAUGAGCCAAUCUACAAGGGACCUCAUCAAAGAAAGCUGCAUAAGAUGGAAGAUCCAGGGCAAUUUGUUUUCCCAUGCACAAUCAAUGGUAUGGAUUUUAUUGAUUCCCUCUGCGAUACAGGAGCUAAUGUGAAUGUUAUGUCUAAGCUUAUAGCAGAUGAGCUUGGAAUAGUUGACAUUAAAGACUCUCAAACAUCACUGAAGUUUGGAAACGCCUCUACUAUUACCCCAUAUGGCUUUGCUCAAGAUAUAUUGGUACAAGUGGGAGGUUGUCUUGUUCCUACAGAUUUUCAUAUUCUAGAGAUGAAUGAGGAACCCCUAACGCCAUUGGUUUUUGGUAGUUCCUUCCUUGCAACAGUUGGAGCUAAUGUGGACUAUCCAAACCAAAGAGUUUCUUUCUCUAGAGUAAAGAAAAGAGUCUUUUAUCCAGCAGUCCCUACCAAGAGCUCUUAUUGUAUAACCAUUAGGAAUGGCAGCAGAUUGAGUUUAGACCAUGGAGAAGAGAAGGAGAAGCCUCAAAACGUUUCCAAGCAAGCUCUUUACAUAAGAUCUUAUGAAGUUAUCAAAUCAGUGAACUCUGAUCAUGAAAGUUGCUUAAGAGACAAGGUUUCGACUGUGAUGCCUAAAGAGUGUGAUGCAGAUAGUUCUAAGGAAGUUUUCCACCUUGAGAGACGUCCUAGAGCACCUCCAAAACCAGCACCAUCCGACACUCCUUGGUUUAGAUACAUUGCCAACUAUCUUGCUGCUGAUCAUCCACCACCCCAAUUCUUUGGCUACAAGAAGAAGAAAUUCUUACGUGAUGUUAGAAGGUACUUUUGGGACGAACCUUAUCUUUAUAAACAUUGUUCUGAUGGUAUGUUUAGAAGAUGUAUUCCAGAAGAAGAAGUCCCAGGAGUUCUCUUUGCUUGUCAUGGAUCUGACUAUGCAGGACAUUUUGCUACUAACAAGACUGUUGCUAAGAUCUUGCAAGCUGGUUUUUGGUGGCCCACCAUGUUUAAGGACGCCCAUGACUUCAUCUCUAAGUGUGAUGCUUGCCAGAGACAAGGAAACAUCAGCAAAAGGAAUGAGAUGCCACAAAACUUCAUCCAAGAAGUGGAAGUUUUUGAUGUUUGGGGAAUAGACUUCAUGGGUCCUUUUCCUUCUUCUUAUGGGAACAAGUACAUCCUUGUUGCUGUUGACUAUGUGUCUAAGUGGGUAGAAGCCAUAGCCAGCCCUACAAACGACUCCAAGGUGGUGAUAAAGUUAUUCAAGUCGAUCAUCUUUCCAAGAUUUGGUAUCCCAAGAGUUGUGAUUAGUGAUGGAGGAUCUCAUUUCAUCAACAAGGUCUUUGAAAGUCUACUGAAGAAAAAUGGAGUGAGACACAAGGUUGCUACUCCUUAUCACCCUCAGACAAGUGGGCAAAACUGCAUUCAAAACCCCACUUGGAACAACUCCUUUUCACCUUGUCUAUGGAAAGCUUGCCAUCUUCCUGUUGAGAUUGAGUAUAAGGCGGAAUGGGCAGUAAAGAAGCUAAACUACGACAUCAAGACAGCAAAGGAGAGGCGCUUGAUUCAGUUGAAUGAGUUGGAUGAAAUUCGUCAUAAUGCCUAUGAGAAUUCUAGGAUCUACAAGGAAAGAACAAAAGCAUAUCAUGACAAGAAGAUAGUCCCCAAGACGUUCUCUCCCAAUGACCAGGUUCUCCUUUUCAACUCACGCCUGAAACUCUUUCCCGGUAAGCUUAGAUCGCGAUGGUCCGGACCUUUUAAGAUAAAAGAAGUGAAACCAUAUGGCGCUGUUGUACUAUGGAACCGUUCUGGAGGUGAUUUCACUGUUAAUGGACAAAGACUCAAGCCAUAUCUCGCAGACAUUGAUGAGGAUGAGAGAGAAACAGUUCCUUUAGUCGAUGCCCCACUCGCCUAA